AUGUAUCCCAGCGAGCAAGAACGCGUCGUUAUUGCAGAGGCGGAGAAAGUUAUGCAGGAGACGAUGGCCAAAUAUGACCCAUCUCAUGACGUGUUUCAUGUUCAACGAGUCCGCAAAACAGCGCUAUCCAUCGCCAACGCGCUUCCCGCACGAAAUCCAGAUCUUCUUGUCGUCGAGCUGGCGGCAUUGCUGCACGACGUUCUUGACAAGAAAUACGUGUCUGCUGAGCAAGCGGCCGACCCCUACGCAUUCUUCCUACCGUUUUUCCAAUCAGUGAAAGCGAAGCAUGGUCUUGAUCUUAUUAGCGACGGCAGAGCCGCGCUUGUGGCCAAGGUGGUUGACCACGUCUCGUGGACGACAGAAACGCGUCUAAAGAAAGAGGGGAAGUGGAUUGAGUGGCACGAGACUUGCGUGGAACUUCAUUGCGUACAGGAUGCGGAUAGGCUCGACGCAAUUGGCGCAUUCGGUGUGCUACGAUGUGCUGCAUAUAGCGCUGCUGUGAAUCGCCCAUUGCAUGUGCCCAUCACAUCCCCCGACGCGCUUAUUUCCAACUCUGCUAUCGGACACUUCCAUGAAAAACUCGUGUUAAUUCGUGACCGACUCAAGACGGAGCCGGGAAGACUUCUUGGCGAGAAGAGACACAGCGUCCUUGUCGCAUUUAUGGACUCGGUAGAGGAAGAAUAUCACAACACGCUGAUUGGCGCUGAGCCCGUCGUCGUAGCUUGA